AUGGCGCUCGCGGUGGUGCUGUUUCUUGUAGCGACGCUGAUCGCGCUGGUACUGUAUCUGUUCCAGGUGUUUGGGGAGAUGCUCCGAUAUGCCGGAAAACUUGCUGGUCCGAAAGCGUAUCCGCUUAUAGGCAAUGGACAUCUGUUUAUAAACAAGUCCCCUGCCGCUUUCUUACGCAUCGUGGGCGCCCUGUUGAAGCAGUAUGGAAGCUGCAUUCGCGUGUGGCUCGGUACGCAGCUGGUGAUCGUGGUGAACGAUCCCAAGGAUGUUGAGGUACUGCUGAGCAGCCCAAAGUAUAUCGACAAAUCUACCGAGUACGACUUCAUACGACCAUGGUUGGGAGAAGGUUUGCUGACGAGCCGCGGCCGGAAAUGGCACUCACAUCGCAAGGUCAUUACCCCUACAUUCCAUUUUAAGAUCCUGGAACAGUUUGUGGAGAUAUUCGAUCGCCAGAGCAGCACGUUCGUCAAAAUGUUGCAACCUUUCGCCGAAUCGGGCAGGUCGUUCGAUAUUUUCCCACAGGUGACACUGUGCGCGUUGGACGUUAUCUGUGAAACUGCCAUGGGUACGAAGGUCAACGCUCAGCUAAACGCUGAAUCGAAGUACGUUCAAGCCGUUAAAGAGAUCACGCUUCUCGUCCAAUGUCGACUUUUCAAUUUCCUCAUUCGAUAUGAUUUUUUUUAUCGAUUCUCAUCGAAUCGCCGCAAGCAGGAAGCGGCACUAAAAGUGCUGCACGGUUACACGAACAGUGUUAUUAAAGGCCGCCGUGAGGAACUUCAUCGGUCGAAUAACGAUACUGGGACUGCCGUUGACGCAAAUGAGAAUGAUCUUGGCAUCAAGAAGAAAAUGGCAUUCCUGGAUAUGCUCCUGCAGUCGACGAUUGACGGGCAACCUCUGACUGAUCUGGAAAUCCGAGAAGAAGUGGACACGUUCAUGUUUGAGGGCCACGACACAACGACGUCCGCCAUUAGCUUUUUACUUCAGAGCCUGGCCAAGAAUCCCGAUGUUCAACAGAAAACAUUUGAGGAGGUCCUCAGUAUUGUGGGUGGCGAUCGGACAACUCCCAUUACGAUGGCGAUGCUGAACGAUAUGCACUAUCUGGAUCUGGUAAUUAAGGAGACCCUUCGGAUGUUUCCCUCGGUACCGUUGAUUGGACGAAAAAUGGGACAAACAACUGAAAUCAAUGGCAAAACGUUUCCUGCUGGAGCCAAUGCUAUCGUCAUGCCAUUUUUCCUCGGUCGAAAUCCCGAGUUCUACCCAGAUCCAGAGAAGUUCGAUCCGGAGCGGUUCAACGUGGAAACGUCGGCCGAGAAGACGAACCCGUACCAGUACAUUCCGUUUAGCGCUGGACCGCGGAACUGUGUUGGUCAGAAGUUUGCCAUAGCCGAAAUCAAAAGUAUUACGAGUAAAAUUUUGCGUCACUAUGAAGUUCUGUCGCCGCUCGAAAAGUAUGACGAAAGGUUAACUUCUGAACUAAUUUUGCGUCCAGAAAACGGUAUUUACGUUCGGCUGAAGUCCAGGGUAUAUUGA